CACUCAGAUCUUCUGCAGCAGUGCCUUCCCCAACAAAAGUAUUGUUUUUUAAAGUACCCAAUUACUCGACUUCUUCGUCUCUCAUUGAGAUAGAUUUGAGAGUUGAGACGAUAGAGAGAGUUUGGAGGGAAAACCUGUAAAGGCACGAGUGAGAGAUACACAGACACACAGAGGAGAGAGACAGAGAGACGGAGAGGGGAGAUGUUUGCAGGCGAGAACGGACUACGGGGAGACCCAAGGCUGCAGGCUAUCUCUGAAGCGAUUCGAGUCGUUCCUCACUUCCCCAAACCAGGAAUCAUGUUUCAAGAUAUAACGACGCUGUUACUCGAUCACAAGGCAUUCAAGGAUACUGUUGACAUAUUUGUUGAUCGUUACAGAGACAUGGACAUCUCCGUUGUCGCUGGAGUGGAAGCUAGAGGAUUCAUGUUUGGUCCUUCAAUUGCCUUGGCUAUCGGUGCAAAGUUUGUUCCUUUACGCAAACCUAGAAAGUUGCCAGGUGAAGUAAUCUCUGAAGCUUAUGUGCUAGAAUAUGGAACUGACUGUCUAGAAAUGCAUGUUGGGGCUGUUCAGCCUGGGGAACGAGCAUUAGUCAUUGAUGAUUUGGUAGCUACUGGGGGGACCCUUUCAGCAGCAAUACGACUUCUAGAACGUGUGGGAGCUGAAGUGGUUGAGUGUGCAUGCGUUAUUGGAUUACCUGAGAAUAAGGGAGAACGUCGUCUAAAUGGAAAACCAUUGUAUAUCCUUGUGGAACCUCGUGAACUUUGUUGUUAAGUGUUUUGGUCCAGGCUUCUUGACCUACAUCGUAGAAGGCAAUCAUUUGAAAAAUCAGUGACAGCAGUUUAGAGGCUACCAUCUUGAAGAAGAUACAAAGUUGUCUCAUUAUACUGUUCGUAUAUAUCAGUGUUGCAGAAGGGUUCGUUUUAUGAAUCAGAGAUGUGUAUCCUAGUAAAAGGAGAAUGAUUCAAGAGCAAUGUCGUUUCCAAGUUGCAAGCAGAGACAUGGGUAUCUUCAGAUUCCAGCAUAUUCGUUUUUAGUGCUUUGUUAAAGCCAUUAUUUGAUGAAUCACAUCCUUUUUGGAACUGCUGAUGUCAAUGACAGAAGUGUCAAGCGUUGUCCGUGUCAUCCAUUCAAUACAAUCCGCCAUUUUGUUGAGUAGUUUUCAUUCAUUGUUCAUUUACUUUCUGGUAUCUGUGAAUCUGUAUUCUAACAUCAACCAAUCUAAUCACUUGAUUAUAGAUGUUUAA